CAUAUAUGAAUAGUACUUUAAAUGAAGUAAUAAAGGAUAAAACUUCUGGAGUUAAUUCACAUGCAAUUGCUAUAGCAGCAACUAUUUUAGUUAAUAUUAAUACAAUUGAUAUUCAUGAUGAUGAUAUUAAAGAUGAUUUAAGAGAUGUAUGUCUUGAGUUAGCUUUUUUAUUAUCAGAUACAGAUUCUUUAAACAGUCAUGAUUUAGAAAUAUAUAACAAAUUUUAUACUGGCAUUACCAAAGUAAAAACCUUGGAUAUUUCAUAUCUAGUUAAUUUACAGAAAAAUUACAAAUAUUAUAGUAAUCAAAAUAUAGAGCAAAAGACUACUUAUAGAAUUCAAAAUCUUGAUUAUAUGAAUUCUGUUUUCUCAAAUAUGAUUAGUAAUCUAAUUGCAAGUUAUACAUCAAAUUUAGAAAUAUCACAAACUAAGAAAUUAUGUGAAAUUCAGUAG